AUGGAAACCUGGUUCACUCUCACUAUUAUGUGCCUUUGCCUUUGGCUGAUUUUCAAAUUCACACGUAAUGUCCUCUUUUCUCCCCUCCCUCCGGGGCCUCCCAAAUGCAACUUUACAUUGCUACGACGAUACCUCACUGACCCCAAAUCCAUUCUUCAGAAACUCCUUGCAAUAUAUGGUCCAAUCUUCACUGUUCACGUUGGUUAUUUUCACACUGAUAUUUUCAUCGCAGAUCGCUUCCUUGCACACCAAGCUUUGAUCCAACAAGGCACCAUCUUCGCUGAUCGCCCCAAGGCCAAUCCCACCAACAAGGUUAUUAGUUGCAACCAACACGACAUUCUUUUCAGCUUCUAUGGCCCCAAAUGGCGCCUUCUUAGGCGCAACCUCACUUCAAGAAUCCUUCACCACUCACAGGUUAAGUCCUAUGCACAUGCACGCAAAUGGGUCUUAGAGAUGCUCCUAGAAGGCCUUAUAUCUGAUUCUGAUGCCGACAACCCAAAAAGGGUCAUUGACCACUUUCAAUAUGCCAUGUUUUCUUUGCUGGUUUUGAUGUGCUUUGGUGACAAACUCGAUGAGAAGCAAAUAAAGGAAAUUGAGGACAGUCAACGUGACAUGCUUGUGAGCUAUGCUAGAUACAGUGUCUUGAACUUUUGGCCACCAGUUACUAGGAUUUUGUUCUGGAAGAGGUGGAAGGAGUUCUUGCAGAAGCGGAGAGACCAAGAUGCUGUGUUGAUUCCUCACAUCAAUGCUCGAAGGAAAGCUAAGGAAGAGAGAGUAAGCAAUGGCUCAAGUCAGUCGAGUGAGUUUGUUUUGUCAUAUGUGGACACUUUGUUGGAUUUGCAAAUGUUGGAGGAUGGGGAGGGGAUCAAGCUUGAUGAUGGUAAAAUUUGCACCUUAUGUUCGGAGUUUCUGAAUGCUGGAUCAGAUACAACUUCAACUGCAUUGGAAUGGAUCAUGGCAAAUUUGGUUAAAUGCCCCGAAAUCCAAGAAAGGGUUGUGGAGGAAAUUAGAGGGGUGAUGGUCAGUAGAGAGGAUAGGAAAGUGAAGGAGGACGAUUUGCAUAAAUUGCCUUAUCUCAAGGCUGUGAUUUUGGAGGGGUUGAGGCGUCACCCUCCAUUACACUUUGUGGCUCCUCAUAGGGUAACUAAGGAUGUUGUUUUAGAUGGUUACUUGGUGCCUACCUAUGCCUCAGUGAAUUUCUUGGUGGCCGAGAUAGGGAGGGACUCAACAGCUUGGGAUGACCCCAUGGCCUUUAAGCCAGAGAGGUUCAUGAACAUUGGGGACCAAAAUGGAGGCACAACUUUUGACAUAAUGGGAAGUAAAGAGAUAAAGAUGAUGCCGUUUGGGGCAGGGAGGAGAAUGUGUCCUGGCUAUGCUUUGGCAAUACUGCACUUGGAGUACUUUGUGGCCAAUUUUGUUUGGAAUUUUGAGUGGAAGGCCGUGGAUGGGGACCAUGUUGAUCUGUCAGAGGAGCUGCAAUUCACAACAGUAAUGAAGAAUCCUUUGAAGGUUCAUAUAUUACCUAGGCAAUAG